ACAUCGAUGGGCUGAGUCAUAAUUUAGUGAUGAACUGAACUGCUGGUAAAACUUGACUCAUGAAUAUUUAUGUUGUCUCUCCUCACACAGGACCAGUGGCUGUUGAAGGRAACUCCGAACCCGCCCAUUUAGUGCUUAUUGAUCCGCUCUCCCGCUGGCCAGUGUGUGACAGCAGACACAUCGGUUCGGUUCGGGUUAUGGCGGCGUAGCAGCACCGACACGGAAUGGUUCUUCGUCUUUCCGCGGGAAUUUGCGAGUCGUGUACCGGCGGGAGGGCGCUCGGCUGACGGGGGAUCAUACAUGGCGAUGGAGGAGGAGGAGGAGAAGAAGAAGACGGAGGAGCUCUCUGCGGCGAAAAUCCCWGCCGACAGCAAGAAAGGAGGGGACGGCGGAGAGAGCGGGGCUUGCAUCGACAGGCAGCCGGACAUGGUGGUCCGUCAGGUGGGGCCGAGCCUGACUGCGGGUCGCGGCAGCCGCAGUGGUCCCGGAGCCCACUCUGCGACGGGGAUCCGAGUGUUGAAGCGCAACAUGAAGAGAAAUGGGAGUAGAAGCUGUGUGAUGAGAAAGACCCGAUUUGGAUCACGAGAGCGGGACUGGCUUAAGGGGGACACCCAGCGGGGCUGCGUGUGCCUGUACGGUGGAACGGUGGACCUUCAGCCCUCUGCCUCGGGCGCACAAACCUCCUCAACGCCUCAGACAGACCUGCAGCUGGUGCUCUGCUCCACCAGGACCACGGUGGAGGAGCUCUGCACUCAGAGGCAUGAGCAGGGGCUCUACGUUCAGCUGCACGGAGACCUCAUCAGGAGGCUGGACCCCACCGAACGUCCGCUUCAGAUGGUGUACGACUACCUGACAUCUAUGGGUUAUUCAGACGCGGUGCGAGUGCAACAUGAAGCUGCCAACUCAGACCUCAGCUGUUUGAUUCGCUUCUACAGCGAGCGGCCAGUGAACCCAGACCAGCAGGAGCGCACUUUGUUGAAGGGUGUGUUCAGCGUCAGGAAAGGCAAGACGCAGCUGCACAAGUGGGCCGAGCGGCAAGUGAUUCUCUGUGGCACUUGUUUGAUAGUGGCCUCUGUGAAGGAUAGUCUGGCUGGGAAGAUGCACAUCCUGCCCCUGGUGGGGGGAAAGGUUGAGGAGGUGAAGCGACGGCAGCACUGUCUGGUGUUCAGCUCCGCCGGCUCACAGGCUCAGACUUACUUCGUCAACUUCGACACGCUUGCAGAUUACCAGAGGUGGCAUCGGCAGGCACUGAAGGUGGUGUCUCAGACAGUAAGUCUGGUGGACCUGUCCUGCUAUAGUCUGGAAACAGUGCCUGAAUAUCUGUUUUACUGUCAGGAUAUCACUCACCUCAAUCUACGACACAACUUCAUGAGCCUGCAAGGUCCUGGAAGUCUGCUAAACCUUCCCAGGUUUUCCCAGUUGAAAAGCCUGAACAUAUCCCACAACCGUCUGGGUGUUUUCCCUGAGUGUGUGUGUGAGAUCCUCACGCUAACUGAACUCAAUCUCUCUUGUAAUAAUCUCCACCACAUCCCAGUGCAGAUCGGGAACCUCCAGAGCCUGCAAACCCUGGCUUUGGAUGGAAACCACCUAAACUCGCUGCCUGAAGAGCUGGGUGGCCUGUUUCAGCUCAACAGCCUGGGGCUUUCCUUCAACAACUUCUCUCAAAUCCCCCCUGUGCUGGAGAGACUGAGUGCAGUGGACAAGCUGGCCAUGGCUGGGAACCAGGUGGAGAGGUUGGUGUUGUCCAUGCUGGUCGGAAUGAGCCACCUGAGAAACAUCGACCUCCGACUUAAUGGGCUUCGGUGGGUUAAAAGUGAGAGUCUAGAGCCAGUAAGCCAGGUGACUCAGCUAGACUUACGAGACAACUGUUUGGACUCCCUGGAUUUGAGCUCCGUCUGCAACCUGGAGACUCUGCACUGCCAGAGGAACCAGCUGGAGACUCUCACCCUCAGUGGUUUCACACUGCGCAUGCUUCAUGCCAGCAGCAACCGCCUUACAACAGUCAACAUCUAUCCAGUCCCAAACCAGCUGACACACAUGGACCUUUCACAGAACCUCUUAGAGUACCUUCCAGACUGGGUGUGUGACUGCAGGAAAAUUGAGAUGCUGGAUGUGACACACAAUCUAUUAUUUGAACUUCCUUCCAGACUGCUGAACAGCUUGAGUUUGAGGAAGCUGCUGGUGGGAAACAAUCGUUUGCAAAGACUUCCUGACCUACUUGACCAUGUUCCUCUUGAAGCGCUUGAUCUUCAGCACAACAAGCUCACUGAACUUCCAGAGAGUCUCUUUUACAAAGCCUUAAACUUAAAGUACUUAAAUGCAUCAGCCAAUGCCCUGGAAAGCAUCCCUCCCAGCAGCCAAUCAGAGGAGAGCCUCAGCACACUCCAGGAGCUCUACCUGACCGGGAACAACCUGAACGAGAACUGUGGUGUGGUGCUGGUCGGACACCAGAAUCUUCGAAUCCUCCACAUCGCCUACAACCAACUGCUCUCCUUCCCUGCCAGUAAACUGAGUAAGCUGGAACUGCUGGAGGAGCUAAAUUUAAGUGGCAACAAGCUAAAGACGAUCCCGUCCACUGUGUCCAGUUGUAAGAGACUGCACACGCUCAUAGCACACUCCAAUCAGAUAACUGUCUUCCCGGACAUCCUCAACCUGCCCGAGAUCAAGCUUGUAGAUCUCAGCUGCAACGAGCUGACUGAAAUCCAGCUGCCUGAUUCGUUGCCUGCAACGCUGCAAGAGCUCGACCUGACUGGCAACGGCAGCCUCACGCUGGAAAACAAAACCCUCAACUUCUUCAGUAACAUUACCACUUUAAAAUUGGACCAAAAAUCUACUGUGACCCCAGGAGACUCAUUGACUUCACCAACUCCGUGGAACCAUGGGUACUCUGAAAUGAGAGGCCAAAGAAAUAAGUUGUGUGUGUCUGUGCUGGCCAUGGACCGCUUUCGCGACAGCGUGGAAGCUUGUUACGGGAUCUUUGACGGAGACCGCAAUGAGGAAGUGCCUCGGCUGCUGCAGUGUACCAUGGGAGAUGUGCUGUGUGAGGAGCUGCAGCACUCCAGCGUUGACACCUUGUACAUGUGUAACACUUUCCUGGCCUCACACAGAAAACUCGGUAUGGCUGGACAGAAACUUGGUGCUUCUGCGUUGCUGUGUUAUAUUCACCGUGAGACUUCAAAUCCAGCCGGCCACUUUAGCCUCACUGUGGCCAACGUAGGCACAUGCCAGGCCGUGCUGUGCCGGGAUGGACGACCUGUUCAGCUCUCAAAGGUUUACAGCUUGGAGAACUGCACAGAGGAGAUGGAGAGGGUUAAACACAGUAAAGCCAUCAUAACAGAGGACAACAAGGUGAGUGGAGUGACGUGCUGUUCCCACCUGUUGGGCUGCUCCUAUCUGGCUCCCUGGGUCCUUCCAAAGCCGUGGGUACACACCGAGCCCCUCUGUUCCCAGGAUGAGUUCUUGAUUCUGGGGAAUCGAGCUCUGUUUGAGCGUGUGACCUACCAGGAGGCCGUGUGCACUGUGCAGGCUGUGAGGGACCCUCAUGCUGCUGCCAAGAAACUCUGCUCCCUCGCUCAAAGUUACGGUUGUAAGGACAACAUCGGCGCGGUGGUGGUGUCCCUACAUAUUAGUGAGGACAGCUGCACUUGUGAGCCACCAGUCUCCACCACUGAACCACGGGGUCCGCCUCCUGCCUCUGCCCCUGUGUCUGUGACCCUAUGCCCCAACGAUCCAGCCAAUCUUUCAUCGAGCAGUGGUUUUGUCACCGAGUUCAGCAGUGAGACGUCAGCCUCGGAGGUGGGCAGUGAGGGAGGGUCUACUGCUUCAGACGAACACCCGUCCUCAGGCCCCGCAUCUCGCCCAGAGAGACGUUGCAGCCUCCACCCUGCUACGGCACUGUGUGGGAUCAUGGUGCCAGGCACAGCUGGGACAGGAAGUCACACGGGUGUUUUCCAGCGCCAGCCCUCUUGUGCUGCUUUCUCAUGUAAUCAAUCUGACAACGGCUUAGAUAGUGAUGACGAAGCGCCACUGGAGGGUGUUAUCUCAAAUGGCAGUAAGUUAGAAGUAGAGGUUGAUAUUCACUGCUGUGCUUUCCAACUUCGAUCGGGGCCCCCCGAGAGCCCCAAGGAACUCAAUCUUGAAAACCAAGGCUCUGAUUCUCGCAACGGCAAAGUGCGCAGACAGAACAGCGUGGUGGUUUCUGCUACAAAUGGCUGCCUCCUGGCUGUGUGUGGGAGGGAAAUCGGAGACCUCAAGAAGUCACCCUCCACCUCGAGCCUGUUUGGGAAGAAGCUUUCCAACGGUUCGGUGGUUGCCCCAGAGGACAGCCAUAAUCUCAUCGAGGUGGCCCUGGAGGCGCCCAAGAAAAAGUCUGGUUACUUCACUGCCCCAGCACAGCAGGACCCAGAAGACCAGCUGAUUGUGCCUCCCAGUUUAGAGCAGGAAGUCAGGGAGCAGCUAAAAGGCCAGACCACUUUACUUCCAGGCCUUUCCACACCGUCCACACCCACCAUCCUUAAAGAUCCCGCGUGGGAUCAUCCACAACCACCUGCAUUUGCCUCCAACCUGGUCCCAGGCCCAGCUGCCAUUCUACAACAGGAGGUUUAUGAUACCGCUCUCUAAUGCAGGUGGGAAGUCACAGCACAGACUGCAGAUGUGUCUGUGCUGUUCUGAGGAAGUCAAGUUUCUCUUACGUGUGGUAUGUUUCAGUAAUGUUGCCAUUUAGAUCUUUUGUAAGGACAAGCCAAGCCUGUUAGUCAUUAACUGAUACCGUGCCAUUAAAGUGAAAGAAGCUCAAACAAGUUUUAAAUAUCCAAGAUGACAGAAGUGAAAAGGAUUUACAGCUCAUGCGGCUAUCAAACCAACUCUGACCCCAAAAUGAGUGAUCCAGUGUUGUUUGAACAGCAGCUUCUCCCUUUACCGUUAAAGUUAAGAAACCUGAAGUGUGCAUAAAAGGUUGUGUCCAGCCUCCUCUCCAGGGCCUUUAUGGUCUCUCAGUUCCUGGAGAGAAGCACCAUGACUGAAACUUGAAAAAGUGCCUACUACAGACGACACAUCUAAGUGUUGGGGUUGAGCGCCUGUUAGAUACAUUUGGAAAAGGGACAGCGUCUCUAAGAGCUCAGAGCUGUCAGACUCCACUCUUCUCUACUUGUGGCUUAGAAAAAAAAAGACUUUAGAACAAAAAAAGUUGAUUUAAAUUGUUUUGUUUUUUUGUUGGGUUUUAUUUUUUUUUAACAUUUUCACACAAUGUGCAAAGAAUCUUCCAUACUGAAUAAGUCUGUUCUUUAAAGUGUAAUACUUAGCAGCAUACAUACAUUCCAUUGAGUGCAGUUGCUUCUUUAAACAAAUGCAGAAUCAAAGUCAUUCAGUUUCAGAGAUAAAAGGCUACAGCGCUCCAAAAUGCUAAAAUGUUAUUAGUAACAGUGGAUAAUCAAACAAUCUUAAUAUCUAUUUUCUGCAGAAUAUAAAUGGUGAAUGUGGUUGAUGGGAAGAAACAGUUGUAUUUAUUCUUUAAUUGAAAUUAAAUAUUUGUUAGUGAUAUUACAGUGAAAGGUCCGCAACAAUUUUGUUCCUACUGAAACUAAAUUCUUACUUCUACUCCUUGCAUGAAUUCAUUAUUUCCUUUUUUCUUUUGUUUGUUUGUGUAUUUCAGUGUGUGUGUGUGUGUGUGUGUGUGUGUGUGUGUGUGUGUGUGUGUGUGUCAGACAUUCGACAUGAAAGCUGCUACAUCUUAUCAACUGUGGCUAAGAAGCGAAGUUGAGGUAUGUUUUGAU